UUGUUUAGUCUGGAAAAAUAUAGAAAGAAUUUUAGCUGCAGCUGCCCCGCAAGAAGUUCGAAAUCAGUGGAGUGAAAAUGUCUCGAUCUCGGGCGAGUAUUAAUAUCUUCGCGCCCAGUGUUUGCCCGUUCCCAGAACUAAAUGCUUUCGCCAGUGGAUAUAGGCGGCCGGAGAUGAUGCUGAAAUCGCCGUUGCCCGCUGAUAAGAGGGCGGUUGCCGCUGCCGUUGCCGAGGCUACCGUUGCAGCCAUCGCUGAGGAGGUCGAUGGCAGGGAGGGGGGCAACGGGCAAUCCCUCUAUGUGAUCAAUAGCCAGGGCCAGCUGCUUGAGCAUGUCCGCUAUCAGGGCAGCGACUAUCGCGGCGCCCUUCUAGCUGCCAUCAAUGCCACACCCCCUCCGUUGAUAUAGUGCAUUUUCCCAAGCGCCUCCUUUUCAAAUCAAUCAACAGUCAAAACAAUAGCCAAACAUUUAAAGGAUUACCACAACAGGCUUAUAAUCUGUAUAUAUACAGAUAUGGAGAUGGAGGGGAAGAAAGAUAAUGCAUUGGCUGCACUCAUUCCUUUUCCGACAACUGUUUCCAUGGAGGUUGGGUCCACAUGCAGUACUAUAUCUUAAAUAAUACAACUUUAUUUCAAAUACACGCUUUUGGCCAGUCGAAUAAGAUUUCUAGAAAAACAAGUUUAAAUAAAAUCGGAUCUAAACUAAA